AUGCCAAAGAGGGUUACUUUGGCAUGUUCCAAUUGUCGAAAAAGAAAAGUUAAAUGUGAUAGAGGUCGACCUAUGUGUUUGGUAUGUUCUAAGAAUAAAAUUCCGCAUCAUUUAUGUAUUUAUGAAGAUUCCCCACAUAUUCUAAAGGCAGCCAAAUUCAAAUUAUUAAAGGAUAAGCAAGAAAAGAAAGAUCGAGAACUAGAGAAAUCUCGAUAUUAUAUAUCUCCCAAUGGUCAAGAACAAUUGGUGGAAUCUACCACUGAUAGUGAUGAAGAAUUAACUAAUUUACAAAACUUUGUCUAUUAUAAACAUAAAAUUGAAAGUUAUUCAUAUUUUGGUACUACCAGUUGGAGAACAAUUUUUAAAGAAUCCCUUCAAUACUUCCCUCCUGUUCAUCAUAUAGCUAUAAAGACUCAUCAAGAUGUUAAAACAGCAGCUAAGAAAUACUUUAACUUAACUAGUGUUGAAGACCUCGUGUUUAGAAGGAAAAACAUUCAAUUUAAUGAAAUUCAAGGUAGUCCCCGAGAUGAUGAUGAUCAACAAAUUGCUGGUGAUAAUGAUGAACAAACUCAUGCUAAGGCCAUAAAGGGUCAACAAAUCCCCAUUGAUUAUAAACAGGUAUCGACUAUCCUUGGAAUCUUUGUUCAAGAUAAUCAAAUUAUUAAUAAAUGUUUCAAUAGUACGAUGUUAUUUGAUUAUUUGAAUAGUGUGAUGGAUCCUGAAACAUCAGAAAUCAUUCCUAAUUCAUCAUUAAUCAAAUUAAGUAUCAUUAUAUCGAUUAUUGUUUUAGUUACAGCUCGAGAAAAAUAUAAUGGGAAUGAAGAUGUCCUUGAAAAGGAUAAAGAGAAUGAAUUACCUCGAUUAGUGCAUUGGUCAGAGAAAUUAAUCACCUUAUCAGGAGGUUUAAAUCGAAGAUCAAUACCUACUUUACAAAGUAUGAUCUUACUUUAUGAGAUUAAACGAUAUGAUUUAAAUCUUAAUUUUGAUUCUGCUUUUACAAUGGAUUAUAAUUUAUUGGUUACGAUUGUUAAUUUAACUGCUUCAUUAGGAUUAAAUCGAGAUUUAGAAAUCCUUCAUGCUGGAGAAAAUCAAGAAUUUGUAGGAUGUUUAAGAAAUAUUUGGAAAUAUGUUAUAUUUGAAGAUACUACUCGAAGUUUCCAAUAUGGGUUACAACCUUUAAUUAAUGAUGACUAUGUUCAACAUGAAUUACUUGAAGAUGAUUCUUAUAAUUAUAAAACGAGAAUCAAUAUUAUAAAAGGAUUAAAUAAAAGAGUCAAUCUGUAUAAACAUUCUAAUAAAGUUAAUUUAAAUCAGGAAAUCAAAUUAAUUGAAGAUUUAUUAAAUCAAGAUUUACAAAAUCCUAUUGAUAAGAACAAUCGUUAUUUUUAUUUAUUAGAUCUUUUAAUUCUUCAAGCACUAAAUCUUAUAAGAUUUAUUAAAAGGCCUUCAAAUGAUAAAUAUCGAUUUGAAGCUUUAAAAUAUUCAUUAUUAUUAUAUCUGUUUAAUAAAGAGAUUUUAUUAAGUGAAUUAAAAUUAAUGCAACAGAAUAAACCCAAUAAUGUUCGAAUUAAUUAUUCCUAUUGUACUCAUUUUCUAGAUGCUACUGAAGCAGUUUUCCGAUCAAUUACAUUACCAGUAUCAGUAUUAUUACAAUCAUCAAUUCAAAAUCAAAUUAAUCUUGAUAAUCCAAUUGCUAGUAUUGAUUUAUCAUUUGAAUCAUUAUUAAGAAUUGAUGAUAAAUUAUUAUCAGUCUUAGUUAAUGAUUGUCAUUGGUUAUAUGAUUUUUUAUUUCAAGAAACUCGAACAUUAUUAGAAGAGAUUAAACCAAUAAGUUUUGCAUCAUUAACUACUUUAAUCUUUAUAAGCAAUACUUAUGAUUAUAUUAAAAGUAACCUUACUAAUGGAGUUUCAAAAGAUGCAGAGAUUUUAAAUCCUGUACCAACUGCCAAUGCAUUAAGAGUUUUAUCUGAUCGAUUAUCAGAUGGGAAUGGUGAACCACUUCGAAGAAGUAUUUUAGGAGAUAGAAGUGCACAUAGUUUAAGAAGUAGUAGUAGUGCUACUAGUUCAGUUUACGAUUUUAAUACUACCAUAAGUGAAAGUGAUAGUACGACUGUUACUGAUAUAAAUACUGAUGAUGAUGAUAAUAAAUCAGUUAGAGUUGGAGCCUUAGGUGAUCAUCUUCAACGUAAUAUUAUUUUCCCUCAGAAUGGUAUUGGUAUUAAUAAUAUUCCCAAUACAACUACUACUAAUAAUAAUGGAGGUGGGCAAGAGCAAGAUGAUUUACUUCAAUAUAGUUGGGAUACUCAAGGUACAGGAGAAUUACAAUUACCUGUGUACAUCAACUUUUCACAACUUGAGAAUGAAGAUUUAUGGGAUUAUUUUUAG